AUGGCAACAGAUGCAGACGCAGACGCAGACGCAGACGGGCAAGAAACUCCUGCGGCCGGGUCGAACGAGAGUCUGCCCACCGCCGAGCUGGAAAGCGAGCUGGAAAGCGAGCUGGAAAGGACAAACGAGUUGCCAUCGCACGCUGGCCCGUCUGAGAACCGUCCAUCGUCGCAUGACAAUCCCAAUGACAAUGAUGGUGAUACCGACUUCUGGGCUGAGUCAGAGGGGCUGCAGCCAUCCGGCUUGCUAAAUAGGCGAGCAAUGAAGGGUAAAUACUCUCUUCAGAACAUCUUGAGCAUUGGCCAUGGUAUGCACCUGGACAAGGCCAAAGCCGCUGCGCCCAUCAUUGAAGACGACCCGGUCAGAAAAGGUGUUGUUCCGUACCAUAUUGCUACAUCGUUGUUUGAAGGCUUCAUGAAGAGCUUCAAUCCUUUUAUUUGUGUCUUGGACCCGGUGUUGCACACCUUCCAAUAUGUGCAAGAGCGCUCAUCGUUUCUCUUGACCGUCAUACUCGCAGUGUCGGCGAAAGCGUUCAAUCCUGCACUACAUCUCGAGCUCCACGCAUACUCGGAGAAGUUGUUCAUCGAUUGCUUCGCGCGAGGCAGUAAAUCGCCCGAGAUCAUCCAGGCAAUCUUGCUGACCACAUACUGGAAACAGCCAGACGAUGCUCGGUCCUGGUCCAUCAUUGGCUAUGCGAUAAGGCUAUGCAUGGAGCUGGGCUUGCACAAGUUGCCUAUCAGCGAUGACGAGACCAACCCGACAACUUCGAAGCUGGAGAUUCGGCAAAAGCGCAACAUCGAACGGUUGUGGCUGGUAUUCUUUGUGUAUGACAGAAGUAUGAGCCUGCAAACUGGCAAGCCUUGGAUGAUCGAGAGGAGCGAUUUUAUCGAGUCUGUCAAUACAUGGUACAAAAGUUCCUUCGCCACCGCCGACGACGCAACGCUAGCUGCUUUUGUUUCCUUGCGAAUCGCGUCUGCCGACAUCCUCGAAGCGUUCAGUCCCCAAAGGCCCGCUCCCUCUAUGGCUCACCCCUACCGCUUCGACGCUCUGCUAAAGUCACUCACCCCUCAAAUAGACGCAUGGAGGAAACAUUGGCUUCGUGUUACGUCAGAAAAGGGUGAAGAACGUUGUUCCUCAUUUCUGGUUUCCUUCUUCGGUACCCAUCUACUUCUUUUACUCUAUUCGUUUCAGCUACAAGCUUCUAUCUCGUCUCCUAUAGGGGCGUCGUUGGUUGACACCGAGGCUUUCUGGAUCACGUACACCAGCGCCUUGGAAAUGCUGAACCUCGUUUCUCAUCCAUCUCUCUCUCCGCUGCUGAGCUUCGCUCACGACUCCGUUCAUGCCAUGACUGCUUAUGCAGCAGUGUUCCUGACCAAACUCCUUCUCUGCGUCAACAAAGCCGUCCGUCAGGAGUUUGAGCCAACAGUCAUCACGACAAUCGAACUCGCGGCCCGCGUGUUUGCCCAACAAAACACGCCUCCCACUUUCGCAUGCGCACUUCAAGCCACUUUCCUUAAGAAUGUCUUGCGUGAGUACCAAAAGGCUUGCCGGUGGCGAUCGGUGAACAAUCGACUGAAAAGCAGUGCACGUCAUCUGCAAUCGAGUCCAACUGCCGAAGAAAAUUUACCUUCAACGACGAAAGCACUACAGUUUCCUUCUUCGGCCGCUCCUCUGGAAUAUUUGAGAAAAGACCAAGGUGGCAACCAGGCAGAAGACCAGCCGCAGCGUGUGUCAGAUUCACCUAUGCAAGCUCCUGAUCCGAUGACCCCUUCGUCAUCACUGCCAAUAGACAACGUGAACGAAGUUGUUCCAGGAGUUGACGACAAUAGCCCAAUGUACAGUGACUUAGUCGACACUAUGCCUCAUGAUUGGACAUUUGCCGACAAUGAAGGCUGGACAGCCAUGUUCAUGAAUGCGGGAUUCGAUAUUAACACUAGCUUUUUCGUGCCUGGACUUAAUGGAACAUCCUGA